CCUCUCUCUCCUUCUUUUUUUCCUCUUCUUCCCUGUUUCCCUUCAUUUCAAAGGCCUCUCAGUUGAGAUUCACUAGCCAUUUCCCCCAUACCGCCUCACUCCCCCCAAGCACUUGUUCCAACCGUUACUCUGCGCUAAUCAGCCCCACACCCUCCGCCAUGUCACAACCAAAGGGAACUGCAACGGACUUGCGAGAUUCCAAGAACGACGACCCUCCUGCCAACCGCAUACUCACUCGGCGGGCCAGCCGGUCGGCGGCGAAUACAACAAAGGAUGGCUCUGCUCCGCCCCCAUCAACUGCAUCCAAAAUCAACAACAACAGCAGCGACAGCGACAACAACAAUGAUGACGAUAAUGAUAAUGAUGAUUAUGAUACUGCUACAGCAACAGACCAACAACAACAAGAAGCAGCAGCAGCAGCUUCUAUUACUACCACUACCACUACCACUACAGACGCGGCUGAAGCUCCGCAAAGCAAUGCAUCAUCCAUAUCACCACCACCAUCAUCAUCGCCUUCAUUAACGCCAGAAGCAACGCCAGGGCCUACAACAGCAGGAAAUAGCAACAAUAACGGCACUCCUGCCCACACCAGCGCGCGAGUGACGCGGUCACAGUCAACUGAAUCAGCCGUCCAGAACAAUAAUGAGCUUCCAGAGCCGCCCACAACCAGAAAGCGCUCACGACGCAGUGCAGCAAUGGCAAGUCCUAGCAGCAAAAAGCGGGCUAAAAACAACAAUAAGAAUGGCCCGGUAUUUGCAUCAACCCGUGAUGAUUCCGGAACAGCGACCGACAGAGAAACUAGAAAUAUGAGCCAGCGCAUGACUAAAGAGGCGCGCGAAGCAAAAAAGGCCCAGCGCGAAGCAGCAAUCAAAGAAAAGUGAGCAUAAUAAUAGUAGUAGUAGCAGCUAUAAUAAUAUUCAAUACAAAUAGACAUAGAUAGAAAGAUUAUGUCUAUCUAUACGUAUAUGUAUAUGCACACACGCACACGCACAUACACACAGAGGGCCAUCCCUUCAAAGAGGUGUAUGUAUACGUAACUAUGCGUUUUAAUCAAAUUUUUCAAAUAUGUCGCCACUGCAUCUUAGGCUAGCCGAACUGGACCAGUUGGAACAGACCGUCAAAAGCGGGACACACCCCGAGUAUCUCAAACUCAUCAAGGAGAUCGAAAACAAACGAGCGGCUAAGAUCAAAGUGACGCAAGCUGGCUACGAGUACCAUAUGGCCAAUUUCACUGAGACUUUUGAAACCACUUGCAAGGCUGCCAAUGAUCAUUUCAUGGUAAACAU